AUUUUGAGCCAUGAGCACAGUGACCAGGCCUUCUUCUUCAGCGACGACCACCUCUGUCAUCUUAGAAACUCCUGUUUCUCAGUCACAACCUACAGAAAGAUUAGUGCUUCGGUUGAACAGGAAGAAGAAGAAAGUCUCGUGGAAAGAUGGGACAGUGGAUAACGAGUUCAUGCAGAAGAAGAGUUCAAAGAAGUGUUGCAUCUUUCACAAACAGAAGCCCUUUGAUGAGGAUGACAGUGAAGAAGAUGAUGAUGAUAACCACCACCAUGAUCAUGAUCAUAACCAUGAACACUGCGAAUCUGGUGAGGCAUCUUCUUCUAACGGUUCCAAAGCAGUUGAUUAAUCAAUUCAGCUUUUCACAGCACAAUGUAGAGAUAAUUGAAGCUUUAUAAUAUGUCAUGGAAGAAGACUAAUUCGUAUGAAGUUUUGGGUUGUCAUGAUCUUCUCUUCACCUACCUGACAUAGUAAUACUGGUUGGGUUUUAUUACUAUAUAUGUACAUGUAAUUUUCAUAUUGCACUGUAAUGACAUGAUUCAUUGCACUGAUGAUUUUAUACUACUUAAAAGCUUUAUUGACACUUAUGUGAGAGCAUCUUUUCAGACAUGAACGUUUAAUACUAUUAGGCCCCUGGUGCAUGGAAAAUGAGUCUGUAUGCAUAAUGUUAUUGUCAUCUAAAACAUUGGU